UGAAGAAAACGAUUGUAAUUUGCGAAGAAUUUACUAUAAAAUAAGAAUAUUACAUAAAUAAUAUUUAAAAAAACCAAGUUAAGAAAGUUUAAAUAAAACCAGCUUCUUGUAAAAAAUCAUAAUAACUAUAUUCCAUCAUGUGGAAUGAUCAAUCAGUUGCCGGUGGAGGUUUCUUCAACUCACCCAGCCAAUUCGGAAAUGCAAAUACUCCUAACCAACCCCAGAAAACCGGAAGGAGAGCAUCUCGUACCGCACCUAUCGUGAUAAGGCAGGCCCUUCAUUGCGGCGAUGAUGGGAUAAAAAUUUGGGGGACGGAAAUACAGAUAGUGUCUAUAGUGGCAAGAGUAAGAAAUAUAAGAGAGCAGAGCACAAAAAUCACCUACACAAUACAAGACAUAACUGGGCGGAUGAGAGCUGUGCUGUGGCUUGAUCAGGAGGCCAUGGACGAAGAUGACAAAUCUGCGCCCAAAGUGAAAGUUAAUGAUUAUGUGCAAAUCUUUGGAAAUGUUAAGACUAAUAAGGGUAAAAAAGUAAUAAUGUCCUUCAAGAUUAUGCCCAUAACUGAUAUAAAUGCUAUUACAUUCCACUAUCUACAAUGCAUUAAUAACAGGUUGAAAAUGGAGGCAGAAUCUAAAAAGGAACAACCAGCCAAUAACAACACAGUUAACAGUAUGCCAGCUAACUCCAUGGUUGGCAUCGCUGAAAGCGGCUCUGUCAAUGGUUUGAAUGCUCGACAAAUGGUGGUGUAUAACUUGAUACGAGCAUCAACACUGGAGCAAGGAAUCAGCAAACAGGACAUGUUUUCUUCACUUAAAGAUCGCAUGUCAAUGGUUGAAUUUGAAAACAUUUUGGAAUGGAUGUGUGGAGAAGGACAUAUUUAUUCCACAAUAGACGAAGAACAUUUCCGUGCCACAGAUGCCUUCUAAUAUUUCUGAUAUUUUUCACAAUAUACUUUUUUUAUAAAU